AUGCUGACCACACUCCUCCUCACCUCCCUCCUCACCUUCCUCCCAAUCCCCUCCCGCGCCGCCGAAACCAGCAACAGCAGCGGAAGAAACCAAGUCCAAUUCCCAGCCAACUCCCUCUCCUGCGCCGCCUGCCAACCCGCAUUCUCCAGCCCAGCCUGCAAAACGAUCCUCAGCUCAAUCUCCUCUUCCUCCUCGAGCUCGCUCUCAAACUCGACCCUGGCCGCCUGCCAAUGCAGCGGUUCCUUCCUCUUGCUCUACUCUAGCUGUGUCAAGUGCUUCACCGAGACCAACCAGGUCAGUCUCGUCUUUGGAAGUUCCCAAGCCCCUGCCCAAUCCAGCCUCGAGGACUACUGCAAGGCCAUGCCCACAAGUGUGACCGUUCAAGGUGGUGGUGGGAGUGCGUCGGCGACGAUUACGGUGACCAAGACGACGACUGUUACGGGCGAGCCUACCACCUCGCCUACUCGACCCAGUUCUGCCAUAUCGCUGAUCAAGGGUGGGCAGUUGGAAUUGGGAUACUAUGCGGUGUUGGCUGUUGCCUGUCUGGCCUUUUUCUCGUCCCUUCUUUGA